AUGUCGAAGCAGCCCCUCUCGGUGGCGGAAAUCCUCGAGAAGCAAAAGCAGGAGUCGGCGCUCAAGCCACGCUUCCUAUCGAAAGCCGAGCGAGCAGCCAAAGCGCAGCGAGAGAAGGAGGAAGAAGAGAGACAACGGACGCAAAAGCAGGAGGAGGAGCAGAAAUGCCGGAUAGAGCUUGAGAAGCAGGCUCGCUCGGUCGCCUCGUCUUCGAGGCAGCCCGCAUACUCGACAGGGAGAGAAGCCGAUCGACGCCAUCACACCAACGGAGAUCUGGAUUAUGGCAAUGCGGAUCCUCGAGCGGGCGACCACAGAAGGAGGCCUGUCGCAAAUGGACGAGAUGAGGGAAGACAUCGCAACGGCGACUCACACGCACCAAACGGAGCCUCCAGCCAAGCUGCAGCGAACGGAGAGGCGGGUGAAGGAAGCGCAUCGCUGAACGAAUCCGAACAAUCCGCCAUCCGACGUCGAUACCUCGGUCUCAAGGACGACAAGAAGAAGCCAAAACGCAAGCCCAAUGACAAGAAGUUCGUCUUCGACUGGGGCGAAGAAGAUGACACCGCCGUCGAGUCCCUUGCCGUGCAGAUUCAGUCCGAGACCAACGGCGGCUCUGCUUCCGCCUCGACCGCCUCGACCCGCUACGACCCGCUCGAUCGCCGCUUCGACGACAAGCACUGGACCGAAAAGACGCUCGAGCAGAUGAAAGAGCGCGACUGGCGCAUCUUCCGCGAAGACUUUGGCAUCUCUGCUCGCGGCGGUAACAUUCCUCGUCCGCUCCGAUCGUGGCGCGAGUCCACCAUCCCCAAGUCCAUUCUUUCCACCAUCGAAGAGGUCGGCUACAAGGAGCCCUCGCCUAUCCAGCGACAAGCCAUCCCGAUCGGCCUGCAGAAUCGAGACCUGAUCGGCAUUGCGGAGACAGGUUCCGGAAAGACCGCCUCGUUCCUCAUCCCCUUGCUCGCGUACAUCUCGAAGCUGCCCAAGCUCAAUGAGCACACCAAGGCGCUGGGUCCGCAGGCGCUCAUCCUGGUCCCCACGCGCGAGCUUGCACAACAGAUCGAGACGGAAACCAACAAGUUUGCUGGCCGCCUUGGGCUGGGUUGCGUAUCGAUCGUCGGUGGACGCGAUAUGAACGACCAGGCGUAUGCGCUGCGCGACGGCGCCGAGAUCAUCAUCGCGACCCCUGGUCGGUUGAAGGACUGCAUCGAGCGCCACGUGCUGGUGCUGAGCCAGUGCACGUACGUCGUGAUGGACGAGGCGGACAAGAUGGUGGAUAUGGGUUUCGAGCCGCAGGUCAACUUCAUCCUUGAUUCGCUGCCCGUGUCGAAUCUCAAGCCGGAUUCUGCGGUGGCGGAGGACCCGCUGUCGAGCGAUGCCACGGUGGGGAGGUAUCGAGUGACGAUGUUGUAUUCAGCAACCAUGCCGCCGUCGGUCGAACGUAUGGCGAGGGUGUACUUGCGUCGUCCUGCCACAAUCACGAUCGGCGACGCCGGCCAAGCAGUCGCGACCGUCGAACAGCUCGUCGAAUUCCAACCUUCGGACGAAGCGCGUCGUUCCCGCCUCACCGCCAUCCUCCAACGCUCCUCGCACCUCGUCCCCAUCAUCGUCUUUGUCAACCAGAAGAAAGCCGCCGAUCAGCUCUCGACCUACCUCGCGCGUCAAGGCUUCUACAUCUCCACCCUGCACUCUGGCAAGACGCAGGAACUCCGCGAAGAAGCCCUGGCCCAACUGCGCGAUGGCACCACCCAAAUCCUCGUCGCCACCGACCUGGCAGGUCGCGGUAUCGACGUCCCCAACGUUGGACUGGUGGUCAACUUUGCCAUGCCCAACAACAUCGAGGCGUACAUCCAUCGCAUCGGCCGCACGGGUAGGGCGGGCAAGAAGGGUACCGCGAUCACAUUCCUCGAUCAGGCAGAUAGCGAUUUGUUCUGGGACCUCAAGCAGGAGUUGACCAAGAGCAAGUUGAGCAGUGUACCGCAAGCACUGGCGAGACAUCCGGCGGCCAUGCACAAGCCGGUCAAGAACGAGGGCAAACGGAAGCGCGACCGUGAGGACGAAGGAUGA